UGUUCUUAGAACCCAAAAAUGUUCCCAAAACGCAAGCAACGUUCUUAGAACAUAAGCCCGAUGUGAGAAGAAGCAGGACAGUCCCAGCCAGAAAUGUUCUAAGAGCAUUUCGUGGAAACCACAAAGAGGUUCUUAGAACAUUGUUGGGUAGGUCUGCAGGCACGCCGGGACGCUUCGCCACUGCUUGACGCUGGGCGACCUCCAGCGUGGAAUACACAAGGCCGCCGGCGCGCUGGGCACGGGGGCGCAAGAAGGCACGUUGGCGCGCGCUCAGGGGACGGCGACGACCCGGGCUCUCUUCCGAAGAUGACGUCGAUGGUGCACAGGCCCUGGCUGGCCCGCCGCAGGCCGUGCUCGCGCAGGAGGCCCCACCGGGUGCCUGCCAGGCCGCCGAGGCCGGCCGAGUGGUGAGAGCUCCUUCUGCUUGCAGGGGCUGGGAGGGAGCCCCCAACUCAGCCUCCUCCCAUCGCCCUCGCCAGAACACUUCCUCGACGAAAUGGCGACAGUUCCUUUCUUGAAGUUGCUUCCACUUCGCACCAGGCUGUUCGACACGAGAACCAUGCGACCAGGUUCCCCUGUUCAUCUGUUGUGCAUCAUCUCUGCAGGGAAACACGACGUGUUGGGAUUCCCCCACUUGCUGUGCAGCAUCUCGGCCUUCGAGCGGCCCCAUGCGCCCGUCAGCUUCCCCUCGGCGAUGCGCUGGGCGAUCUCCAACGUGCUGUGCGCAGGCCAGUGCACGAGCCAUGAUGCCUCUCCACAGCACAGUUCUAACAUAGCCCAGCAUCGAUACCUGCACUGCAGGAUCCUGCUCUGGCAAUAGGGUACCAUGUGUGUGUGCUCACGAAACGAGCUUAUGUUCCGAUACCAAUAUAGUUGAUGAGGCACUGGUCCGACUGGUUCAUUGCUCCGACCAGCCUCGCCAUCCACUCGAUCAUGAAUGCUGAUCGGCGCACCCAAAAGACACCCGAGUUCACGCCAGACGAGCACACGCCAGACUCGUCAGGCGGGUAGCCAAAAGCCAGGUCGCUCCAAAUGCCCGCGGGGUUCUCCCCGUCCUGGUGGUCCCGCCCGAUGACAAAAUCAUGAUGCUUUGUAAGUCGCAUGAACCGCUCCAGGUCUCCUCCGCCAGCAGGUUGGAGCCAGGUGUCGCCGUCGACCCAUAUCGCGCCCGCGGCGCCGCUGUGGACGCGGAAAGCGUGCAGCAGCCUCUCGUACUUGAGCUGCUUGUGGUGCCGAGUGGCCUCGACUGUCAGGGCGGCGUCCAGCAUGCACGUCAAGCCCUGUGCGUGGCAGAACUGCUCCUUGUUCCGCGAGAGCAGGCCCCGGAGCCCCCAGAACUUCGAGCCUGAGUGGGCCGAGACCAGAACCACCUGGCGGGUUCGCACGAGACAUUACCGAUGAUGUCGACGCUUGCGUCUCACUGCUGAUCAGGAAGCCAAUCAUGGAGAGGCUGACGGAAGCGACAGCGCCAAAUGCGUAGAAAAGCUUGCGGCCGCGGAAGCAGCGGCCGACCCAUUGCAUCGCCCGGCGUCAUAAUAUCACAAACGACGACGUUUGGAAUGCCUUUCGCAUGCUACGGAUAAUACAUUGCUG